GACCGUUUUUAAUUUUGUUUAACUUCCUUCUGUGUUAAAAACAUCCGAUUUAUGCGUCGCGGAUCGUUUGAGUGUUUGUCGAAAUCGCAUAGCUUCUGUCCGUCGCAAAAUGACGAAUCCGGAACCUCAGCCCGACAAGGAGGUUGAGGAAGUUGACCCAGCGGAAUGGACGCUCGAAAGCGAUCCAGAGAUCAAUGUGUCGAUGACCAAGAUCAUCGUUCGCAACGUGUUUGAUCUGAAGGAGCAUGGUCUCAGAGCGCUCUGCAGGAAUUAUGGAACCGUCACCGAUGUCUUCAAAAUUAACUCAUCCACCGCGUUCGUGGAAUUCGCUACCGAGAGAGAGGCCACGGUAGCCGUGCAGCAGCUAAACAGCAAGCUUGGUUUCCGAUUUCAAGCUGACUUUGCACGGCCAAAGGAGACACAGGUAACCAUUCCAUCGAAGGGGGCGAACGGUCCAACCUUGGAAACACCCGACGAGACGUGGGAAGAGGCCAGCAGGAAGCGCCGGUUCAAUUUGGCAUUCUCGAUCCCACUCGGCAUCCGGUUUCCUAAACGCAAUGCCUUGACCACACGCACGGAUUAUCUGCCACCGACGGAUGCCAACGUGAAGCUGCGCCAAACGGAUCCGGCAUGUUUUUUCAGUAUUGCCGAGAACAGUGAAACUUACUUCGAUUGCCCAUCUUCGUAUGGUGCCGAGGAUCACGAGCAGACCCCGGGAAAGGAUGCUUUGGCCAUUAAAACCCACAGUUCCAACUACACGCACCACGGGCUCGAGGAAGCGGAAAGAAGUCGCUUCGGUCCGGUCAAGCGUUGCGUCGUUUGCCAUGGUUACGGUUUCGCUUACUGUGACAAAUGUAGCACAUCGUACUGCUCCACGAAUCAUCAAAGUGUGCACCACACCGAACACACGAUCAUCUGUGGUGGUGAUCGGACCGGUGGGAAGCAAAAUGAGAAACCUAUCUCCACCGGCGAGCGGAAGUCGCUGAUUCGCGAUGAUCUUCCCAUCAAGGCAAAGGUGGUCAUCACGGCUGUCCUGUCACAGAACUGCGUGUACGUUCGAUCGGUCGAUCAGGCAACGAACCGAGAGUAUCUUAAAACGAUCGGUGAUAUGGCCAAGGCAGGGCAUCUUAUCGGUGCCCGUGGAGAUGGUGGUGGGAAUGUUCAGCCAGUAGAAGGAGAAAUCUAUCUUGCCCCAUAUCCUCCACUUGGUGUAUACGGUCGUGUCCUGGUGACUGAUGCGAUGUUUAACAAGAAGCGAUGUAAAUGCGUGUUCGUAGAGCACGGAAUGGUCCAGAUCGUGCGCUGGGAUGCGCUGCUUCCGAUAGACGAUGAUGAGCUUAAAUAUCGGAAGGUAUUGGUAUACAAGGUGCUACUGGCAGGCAUUACGGAGGAGUACGGAACGGUUGAGCUGGCCAUCGCUUACUUUAAUCGACUGAAGGGCCAAACACUGUACAUGACGCACCAGGUGGUGGAUCGUAACAUGGUCAACGUACAGCUUCGCACCAGCCGUGAAGGCAAGAGUGUUAACGAAACAAUCAACGACAAGAUUGUCGUGCCAGCUCUGCUGACGGACAGUGACCAUGAAGGGUUCAUCAUGUACAAGAAUAUAACUCAAGCGGAACCGGCCCGUGGUAAAAAUGUGCAAAUCUUCAUUCUCAACAAAACGACCAUCCAGCUGGACUCGCGCGUCACGUGGAUCGCCACUCGCGAUCUAGCGUACCUGGAGGAUUUGCACAACAAGCUACAGCACUACGGCAAAAAAGUGGCAACCUUCCAGCGGUACAUGACUCCGCGGCACGGUGAGCUGUGUCUGGUGCGCUGCUGGCAAAAGUGGUACCGAGCCGUGUGCCACGAGACCGUCGGUGACUCCAAGCCGGCACUGUUUCUUUGCGAUUAUGGCAACAUGAUAUUAGCCGAUCUGACCGAUAUCCGCAAAAUUCCACCUCAAUUUGCGACGGAAGUGCGUACCCACGAUGGAUUGAUCGAGGGAUUCGAGGAAGCGAAAGCGGAAGGCGUCAAGCUGGAUUCCGAGUUGCUGGAAAUUUGCGUUCCGGAGAAUGAGAGCUUACUGGCUGACAUUUCCGAGCGUGAUGUUUCGUCCGGUUUGACGAAGGAGAAGCUCAAUUUGCUUAGGAUUCAUGAGUUUUCCUCCGUGAUGGAACUUCGGCGCAUUAACAGGCGUAUGAAUAAGUUGAAAGAACAACCGAGUUAGCCGUGAUCGGAAGAGUUGGACUCUUCUUCU